UGGUAAGGCGGUACCUGGGACACAUGACAGAUCCCAGAAGCCGCCGGACCAAUCAAAAAGCGCAAGUGCUUCUUGCUCAUGCGCACUGGGCACCCGGCUGUCAUGCCAAGCGCCAUUACAGAAGCCGGGAAGACAGCGCGCGGCUAUAUCGAGGAACAGGUAAGAUCAAAGAACAACUCCGCGGAAGUAAGAGCGGGUACCUGUCAAAUUCAGAUACCCGCUCCCCGCCUUCCCCAAAGGUCAGCAGUCAUCCCCUGUGCUGUCCGCAGUCCCUGGUCAUCCCUGUGCUGUCUGCAGUCUCUGGUCAUCUCCUGUACUGUGUCUGCAGUCCAUUA